AUGACGGGGUGCCCAACAAGCCAGACAAUCAUGUCUAGUAAAGCCACGACUAAAGAGAAGAAAUCUGGUAGCUUCAGCAAGAAACUCUUCAGACGAGGCUCUGUGCGCUCUGUGGGUAGUUUUAUGGGCAGAGUCCUCAGGACCUUGUCAACCUUGUCCCAUUUUGGAUCAGAUGGGCAUGCUAUUGAAGGUGACAAAGACGAUGGGGGUUUCACAUUAUUCAAAACUGGAGGCAAAGAUUCAACAGCUUUGGAUGAUAGUGACCGUUUCCUCGGAGAGAAGGUCCCUGGAGUGUCUGGUCUCAAAAACCAUGGUAACACUUGUUUCAUGAAUGCCAUCCUCCAGUGCCUGAGUAACACUGAACUCUUUGCUGAGUAUUUGGCACUGGAACAAUACCGGGGAGUCGAGGAAACGGACGAGGAGAAGGAGAAACCGAAGACAAACGGUGUGCAUUUGGGGAGGAAGGGCCCUCAGGACAGAGGCGAGGUGACGGAGCAGCUGUCUGGACUGGUCCGGGCCCUGUGGACAUUUGAAUACACCCCACAGCACAGCAGGGAGUUCAAAGUAAGUUGGUAAAAUGCAUCAUAAAGCAAAACUGCGUGUCUCACAGGACUGCAUUUGGUCCUCAGAUUCAGCCUAUACUACAGAUCUUUGAAACAGCCUAAUGGUCAAAUACAUUUAGGCUAUAUUAAACUUCUGAGACUAGGCUAUCACCAGAACUUUCAAGCAGUGUUGCUUGUGCUGUUUGUUACAGAAUGCUGUCUCAAAGAGCGCUUUGCAGUAUAGAGGCAAUGCUCAGCAUGAUGCCCAGGAGUUUCUGCUCUGGCUUCUGGACAGGGUACAUGAGGACCUCAACAACCAUCCCAACAACAGGCCUUCCAUUAAGGUAAACUUUUGUUUGUACAUCAUAGAGUUAGGGGCUACUAAUGCAACUUCAGGAACGGUGGUAGUGGCCAGGUUAGCACAGCGAGACAGUUAGUGAUGUGACCUUGAGCCAGCAGUGAAUGGAGCUGUACCUGAGGUGAGUCAGCAGUCUGAGUGGAGGAGGUGACAGGAGGUGGCUGGCUAAUUGUGAUGUCCUUUGAAGCCUCACUCAGACAUUCCAAACAGAAUAACAUUGGAGCGAGGGAAAGGGCCUGGCAUCCUGCAGGCCAGGGCAGAUUUACCGACCUAACCCAUUUCUGAACGCUGAGCCCCUUAUCAGGCAUCAAUCUUCCAGCGCACUGGAACAAACAAGUUAGGAGAUAGAGCUCACUUCCCUACUUUACAGUGUGAUGACUGAUUCAUCUCCUGUGGGAGAAUGAACAGGAAGUGAUGGUGUUCUGUGUCCCCUUCCUGGAUUUCUCAGUCUUCCCGGUCUGCUGUCACUCACAGCUCCCUGCUCUGUAAAGGCGUCCGCAUGCUUCCCAUCCGAAACAGUUUGGAACAGUUUGUGCAUAUAUUAUGGUGACAUUUUGUUAUUUUUUAUCUUUGGCAAGGAUUUUUCUGGAGGCAAGCUGAAGUGGGUAGCCGAAGUCUAUGCCCCUUGGUCGGUGAUUGGUCAACAGUAGGGAUUCUUCAAUGAAGUGUUUGUUGUCAUUCAAUCAGAGACCAAUCGUUUUCAUGCAAAUUUUGUUCACUUGAGAUGUAAAAUUGUGCGAAUAAGGUCUCCUCGGCAAAAACGUCAAAGUUACUGACAGAUUUCUUGAGUUAUCUUAGAUGAAUUCUGACAAUGUUGAGGAAGUGUAUACUGGCUACGGUGUCUCAAGAUGGACAAACGAUACUAUUGCCGCUUUCCCGUUUUUCAAGCAAAGGUAUUUUAAGGGAGUAUGCGAGCACAUUCGUUCGCCUAGCUGAGUUCGACUAGGCGCCAGCAGAACCGAAGCAUGAGGAAGGCUUUAGACAUGCAGAGUGAGAGACGUGACCUGAAUAGACCCCACAGAGCUUUGUUGAUGAGUUCGCCAUGCCAAAUGCCCAUACUUCCUUGAGGAUAAGUCAGAGGAGCUGCAGCAUCACUGGCAGUUUUGUUUGUAUUUUGGUCUCUUAUCCUUUCGAUGUCUUUCAGACUGUGCUUUGGAUGCUCAUUGACGUAGUGAAUAGAAUACAGCCUCAAUAUCCUAAAUCGUCUAAUAUGCAGUGAGAGCUCAUCCACUCUGUUUUCUCCUAUUAGCCACCAGUGGAAGAGGAUGAUGGGGAUCUAGAGGGGCCUUCUCUUCCGCUCUCUACCGGUUCAUUUGUGCAAGAGCUAUUUCAGGCCCAGUACAGGUAGGUCUUAUAUGAUGCUUACCGCUGAGGUGUUUUAUAUUCUCCAUUCUGUGUAUUCAUGACUUCUUCUGAGACAAAUGAGUUCCCUUUCUUACCGACAGGUCGUCGCUCACCUGCCCGCAUUGCCAAAAACAGAGCAACACCUUUGAUCCUUUCCUCUGCAUCUCCCUGCCCAUCCCCUUACCUCACACAAGGUGAGUACACAUCUCUGCUGUGUUCCAGCAUUGGGUCUGGUGGCCGGAACAAGACUGUUGAAAUGUAUAUCUUGAGACUACUUGAGACUGCGGUUCAUUUCAAUUUCCCAGGGAUGCGGAAGCAAAGCAAAUAAGAAGGAAUGUCGUUUUGGGGCCAAAUAUGCCAUUUAGGAGACUAUCUGCAGACCAAACCAAGCCAGUAUUAUGGGACUAUUCUAUUUCUAAAGCCAAUUUAAGGGCUACAUGCCCAGAAAAAAUGGAAAAUAGACGUACUUUUAAAUUUGAAAUGAAGAUGUAGGCCUAUCACAUUUUAGAAAUAUGUUGUGUUCUUCUGUCAUAAUUUUAGUAUUUUGAAUUUCAUUAUUUGUGCCUAGCAGUCAAAACCACCUUUAUGCUCACUCAGUUGAGGAUUCAUAAUGCUCCUAAACUGAGGUACCUGGGACAUGUAUGGCCUUUUUGUCCUCAUGACACAGUGAUGCUAUUUUUACGAUAGUGUUAUACUGUCACAUCAAGGAGAGAGCGCCUUGAUCGAUGCAGAUUCUUUUUUAAGCCACUAAAUUCAUUACUGUCCAUGCAUAAUUAAAGAUGGGAAGGAUGAGGUGAAAUUAGGAGAUAGGCAGUGGCAAAUUAUGUCCCAUUAGUCCUCCGGCGAAUCUGAUUGAUGACAGAAUAAUGGUCCUCCAGACCAAGGUUCAGUGGCUCACUUCUUCUUCUUCCUUCUCCUCCCAGAAACACAAUCAUGGGACAGAGCCUAUAUAAAAAGUUCAAAUGACAGAGAAUCUCAGAAAUGGCAACCAUCUUGAAAAUGUGGGUUCUCCUAAAUGUGUGGUAUCUGAAACUGAACUCCUGAAAAAGCUGCAUUGCUGUGCCUGCUGGCUGAGUUCUUAGUGUCAGCUUAGAGUAGCACUGAUCCACACAGUCACCAGAGGAAUCCUGCUCAGUGCUCUCAGAGUAAUUACAAAUGAGCUAGUCUCCAGACAGUGAUGUAGCAGCAUUAUUAGAGGAGAUGGAAACCUGUCCUCUCCUAAGAGGUUGAUUAUUGGACGUAAUUGUGUUUGAUAUGGCGACAGUUGAGUUUGUCCAUUCUGUUAAUUCCUGGCCCAUGUCAGUGGUUUUUAUCUGGUGUUUUGUAAUUAUUCCAUGCAGAGUGCCAAUAUCUGCUGUCCUUUCCCAUGUCCUUUCCCAUGUUUCCUCUCCUCCCAGGCCUCUGUAUGUGACAGUGGUCUACCAGGGGAAGUACUCUCACUGUAUGAGGAUCGGAGUGGCCGUGCCCCUGAACAGCACCGUGUCCAGACUCCGAGAUGCUGUGUCACGUGAGACCAAGAUCCCCCUGGACCAGGUGCUGCUUCCUUCCUGCUCUCUAAACCCUAGCAGCCUCAGCUCUGUCUUACUAGGUUACAUACACACUGACGUUAACUUGGAUGUUUUAUUUUAUUGUGGUAUCUAGCUACUAAGGAUUUCAAAGGAUUGUUAUCUGAAAAGAACAGUAAAGGAGCGCCCUACUUAGACUUACUUUUCCUUUAAUGAUUAAUCCCUGGGUACUAGACUGAUUGUGUGCCCAUUUCAGUAUUAAUAGCUGCUUUAUAGUGUUGUGGUAAGUAGUAUUAGAAUAGUGCAUCAUAGUCUCUUUAAUCAGGAUGAAGGGAUCACUGGAACAGAGCCCAUUGUAUCCAAGAACAACAGAACUGAUCUCUUGGUUUUUUGUGCUUAACCUUUUUUUUUUUGGUUUUUUGGUAACCCCCAACAAAAACCCCCGUUUUCCCCCUUUGUUUAAAUCCUGUUUUUUGGUCGGAAAAUUUUUUGUUUGAAGGGGUUAAAGGUCCCGGGGAAAGGGGUUUCGCAAGUUUUUUGGGGGCCUUAUCUUUACCCGGGGGAGGUGGCCUCCUGUUGGGUUUAUGUUUUUUGGCUGGGUUUUUUCCUUUUUUUAAAUUUUCCCAUUUUUCUCCCCAAUUUUCCCUUUCCCUCUUUCCCCAAUUUUAACACUUUUUUUUGGCUUUUCCCCGCCUUUUUUGUUUUUCUUCUUCCUCAAUCCUCUGUUUACAGGGUUUUUGGGUUUUGGGGUUUUUUUUUGGGGAUUGUUUUUGGGUUUUUGGUUUUUUUUUUGGGGGGGUUUUGUUUUUUUUUUUUUUUUUUGGGUUUUUUGGGUUUUUUUUGUUUUUGUUUUUUUGUUUUUGUUUUUUGGGGGUUUUUUUUGUUUUUUUUUUUUUUGUUUUUUUUUUUGGUUUUUUUUAAAAAUUUUUGGGGGCCCGGACUUGCCCCGAAAAGGUUUUUCCUGGGGUUCCUUCUGUGAUGUCCAUUGGUAACAUUAAGAAAACCUAUCUUUGUUUUAAACCCCGAGACCUUAAAAAGGUAGAGAAUUCGGGCCCGGGGGAGGGGGGGGUUUUCGUUUUUUCCCUUCCCCUAUUUAAAAUUUCCCCUUUUGUAAAAUUAUUUUAAUUUUGGGUUUUUUUUCAAAAAAUUUUUUGGGAUUUUGGUAAUUUAAGUUUUCCCCCCAUUUUUGAAAUAAAAAGAUUUUAGAGUUAUAAAAGGACCAUUGGGUUUGAAAUCCCGGUUUUGUUUUUUUGGGGGAAGAAAAGCCUUUAAAGUUUUUGGGGGAGAUGAGGAAGGGCUUUAUUUUCAUCAAAGGGGGGAAUCCUUUUCCCUUUUAACCCCUAGAACCUUGGGGGCCGAAAAAAAGAGGGGCCCCCUUGAUCUGUAACCGAGCCUGCACCGGCCAGCAAGGGAGGAGGUACUAUAGAGAUGCACUAUUAAUAAUAUUGACUACAAUGUUCUAAUUGUAUUUCUAUGGGUACUACAGCCCCAGCGUUUUCCACUGUCCUCUGAAACCGUGCAGGUCAUAUGAGAUUUGUUAUAUUAAGUAUACGUUGGAGUCUUAACAGUAGAAUAUCAUUCCCUCUUUUCCAGGUUUUGGUCUUCCAUUUGUACUGUACAUGGAUCGCACACUGUGACCUGGGAUAUCCUGCAGAAGGAGAUCCUGGAGAAGAUGCAUCACCUGCUCAGGCCAGGAGUUUACAUUCAGGUGGGUGAAAAAAACUAAUGGAAGUAUGAAGGUAGUUUUGUGCCUACCCAAAAAUAUAUAUACAGUACCAGUCAAAAGUUUAGACACACCUACUCAUUCAAGGGUUUUUCUUUAUUUUUACUAAUUUCUACAUUAUAGAAUAAUAGUGAAGACAUCAAAACUAUGAAAUAACACAUAUGGAAUCAUGUAGUAACCAAAAAAGUUUUAAACAAAUCAAAAUAUAUUUUAUAUUUGAGAUUCUUCAAAGUAGCCACCCUUUGCCUUGAUGACAGCUUUGCACACUCUUUGCAUUCUCUCAACCACCUUUGCCUGGAAUGCUUUCCCAACAGUCUUGAAGGAGUUCCCACAUAUGCUGAGCAUUUGUUGGAUGCUUUACCUUCACUCUGCCGUCGACUCAUCCCAAACCAUCUCAAUUGGGUUGAGGUCAGGGGAUUGUGGAGGCCAGGUCAUCUGAUGCAGCACUCCAUCACUCUCCUUCUUUGUAAAAUAGCCCUUACACAGCCUGGAGGUGUGUUGGGUCAUUGUCCUGUUGAAAAACAAAUGAUAGUCCCACUAAGCCCAAACCAGAUGUGAUGGCGUAUCGCGUCAGAAUGCUGUGGUAGCCAUGCUGGUUAAGUGUGCCUUGAAUUCUAAAUAAAUCACAGACAGUGUCACCAGCAAAGCACCCCCACACCAUAACACCACCUCCUCCAUGCUUUCCGGUGGGAAAUACACAACCGGAGAUCAUCCGUUCACCCACACCACGUCUCACAAAGCCACGGCGGUUGGAACCAAAAAUCUGAAAUUUGGACUCCAGACCAAAGGACAAAUUCCCACCGGUCUAAUGUCCAUUGCUCGUGUUUCUUGGCCCAAGCAAGUCUCUUCUUCUUAUUGGUGUCCUUUAGUAGUGUUUUCUUUGCAGCAAUUCGACCAUGAAGGCCUGAUUCACACAGUCUCCUCUGAACAGUUGAUGUUGAGAUGUGUAUGUUACUUGAACUCUGUGAAGCAUUUAUUUGGGCUGCAAUUUCUGAGGCUGGUAACUCUAAUAAACUUAUCCUCUGCAGCAGAGGUAACUCUGGGUCUUCCAUUCCUGUGGCGGUCCUAAUGAGAGCCAGUUCCAUCAAGUUCUUGAAAUGUUCCGUAUUGACUGACCUUCAUGUCUUAAAGUAAUGAUGGACUGUCGUUUCUCUUUGCUUAUUUGAGCUGUUCUUGCCAUAAUAUGGACAUGCUCUUUUACCAAAUAGGGCUAUCUUCUGUAUACCCCCCCCCCCCUUGUCACAACACAACUGAUUGGCUCAAACGCAUUAAGAAGGAAAGAAAUUCCACAAAUUAACUUUUAAGAAGGCACACCUGUUAAUUGAAAUGCAUUCCAGGUGACUACCUCAUGAAGGUGGUUGAGAUAAUGCCAAGAGUGUGCCUUCUGUCAUCAAAGCAAAGGGUGGCUAUUUGAAGAAUCUCAAAUAUAAACUAUAUUUUGAUUUGUUUAACACAUUUUUGUUUACUACAUGAUUCCAUAUGUGUUAUUUCAUUGUUUUGAUGUCUUCACUAUUAUUCUACAAUGUAGAAAAUAUUAAAAUAAAGAAAAACCCUUGUAGGAGUAGGUGUGUCCAAACUUUUGACUGAUGGUGUAUAUAUUUCCAGCAUUUUUUUUAUAUCUCCUAGAUUUAGGACAGACACUUCAAAACCUUGUUUCUUAUUAUUUAUUUCUUGACUGUCCUUUUUGCCAUAUAUGAAUGUGUUAUUCAAUGCGUUUCUAUGGGCUUUAGUAGUAAAGGCCAAAAUCAAUAUUUGAUAAAAUACAUGUUUUAUAUAUUUUUUAUUAUAUCUAAAGGGGUCCUAAAAUUCAAAAUAAAAUAGCUAAAUUAUCCAUAGUAUGACCAUUUUUAAAACAAUUCCAUAUGUCAGCUUAGCACCCCCUAUCCUCCAACGUCUUAGACUCUAAAGAAAUGAACAGUUGAUUCCCAUGUAAUGGCAUGUUGGACGUGUAAGUUGCUUCAUUGGAUAGAAUGCAGUUGGUCUGGUUUGAAAAGCACGGCCAUGGCAACAUGUCUAUACGUAGCAGUCAGGAAGUGGGAAUAGGGAUAGUGAGUAACUAAAGUCCUGGUAUUAUCUGCAGGUGGGGCCCUUCAGCCUACGAGUGGUUGGUGUGGUUGGCAUCACAUACCUCCUGCCCCAAGAGGAGCAGCCUCUCUGUCACCCAACAGUGGAAAGGUCAGUCUCCUUGUUAUUCCUGGUCCUUUGUAGCUCAGUUGGUAGAGCAUGGUGCUUGCAACUCCAGGAUAGUGUGUUCGAUUCCUGGGACCACCCAUACAGAUGUGAUAUCUUAAUUUGACCAGUUUCUAUAUUAUGUGGAUUAUAAUUAAUGGACAUUUUUGAGGGGUUGAUAAAUUUUUUGUUAAACCUCGAAUGCAAUACAUUUGCAUUUCCUGUUGCGCAGGAAGGGGCCGGGGGACAACAGGGUAAGAAAUAAAUUCAAAAUUUGUAUGUUUAAAAAAAGGGAAUACAGUUUAAAUUCCCUUUUUAAAGUAAAGGGGGUUGUAAAUGGCAUUUUUUUUUUAAAAAAACAACGUAAAACCCCGUCAACCGGGUCAAGUAGUAUGGCAAAAAAAGGGAUAAAAAACGCUUUCCCCAAAAAAUUGGCCCGGUGUCUGAUUCCCCCUUUAAAAAUGUUUUUUUUUUGAACAUCCGCAAAAACCCCCGAAACCCCGCCCCCACUGGGUUGGGGGUUUUAAAAGGUUUCCCAAAAAAGGUUUUCCCUUUUGGGGGAAAAUUUAAAAAAAAUUAAUGGGGAAAAAAAAUUUUUUGUUUCCCCCCCCCCCAACCCCAAAAACCCCCUUAAAAGGGUUUUUUGGGGGCCCGUUUUCCUUUUUACACCAACUUGGCUUUUCAGAAACAAUUUGGAUUUUGUAAUGAAUUUUGCAAAAUUUGGGGAAAGAAAGGAAUGUCGUCCCGAACCCUUAACUGGCGUGCCUUACCUUUGUCUGUUCUUUUCUUCACACACACUGCUUGCUCAGCAGGUUUGGAUUAUAGUUUAUAUCCCAGUUGCUGAUUCAAUUGAAUAGAAUGGAAGUUUGUCACACAGUACACACACUACAAAGCUGGUUAGAUAUGUGUACAGGAGGCAAAAGGACAGCCACAUGGGUAAUGUAAAUCCAAUUCACUUAGAUUUGUAGUGUUUUGAAGAUGAGAGGAAUACAGCUUGUUAGUUGGAAUAUUUUUAACUUGUCAGGCAGGGUUGUGAAACUGGCUUGUUCUCGUUUUCCCUCAUAACAUAAUCUUUCUUCGGCAGAGCGUACAAGUCCUGUGGACAGGGGGGACCGCCGCACGUCAAGAUAGUGGUGGAGUGGGACAAAGAGACCAAGGAUUAGUGAGUGAACGCUGCACAACAAUAUUGCUGGUGCUCUGCAUCCCUUUGAAAAAUGCCAUGUUUCUGGGGUUUUGUGGUGAGAUUCAUCCUGCAGGGAAAUACAUGACCAUAAAUUAUCCCCAUAAAGCCACUAGGGAUGGGGAUGGUUGUUAGAAUAUUUGACUAUCCAAAUGGAAGUUAGUAUUCAAUUACUUGCGAGAAGAUAUUAAAAAAAUAUACAGUGGGGAAAAAAGUAUUUAGUCAGCCACCAAUUGUGCAAGUUCUCCCACUUAAAAAGAUGAGAGAGGCCUGUAAUUUUCAUCAUAGGUACACGUCAACUAUGACAGACAAAUUGAGGAAAAAAAAUCCAGAAAAUCACAUUGUAGGAUUUGUAAUGAAUUUAUUUGCAAAUUAUGGUGGAAAAUAAGUAUUUGGUCACCUACAAACAAGCAAGAUUUCUGGCUCUCACAGACCUGUAACUUCUUUAAGAGGCUCCUCUGUCCUCCACUCGUUACCUGUAUUAAUGGCACCUGUUUGAACUUGUUAUCAGUAUAAAAGACACCUGUCCACAACCUCAAACAGUCACACUCCAAACUCCACUAUGGCCAAGACCAAAGAGCUGUCAAAGGACACCAGAAACAAAAUUGUAGACCUGCACCAGGCUGGGAAGACUGAAUCUGCAAUAGGUAAGCAGCUUGGUUUGAAGAAAUCAACUGUGGGAGCAAUUAUUAGGAAAUGGAAGACAUACAAGACAACUGAUAAUCUCCCUCGAUCUGGGGCUCCACGCAAGAUCUCACCCCGUGGGGUCAAAAUGAUCACAAGAACGGUGAGCAAAAAUCCCAGAACCACACGGGGGGACCUAGUGAAUGACCUGCAGAGAGCUGGGACCAAAGUAACAAAGCCUACCAUCAGUAACACACUACGCCGUCAGGGACUCAAAUCCUGCAGUGCCAGACGUGUCCCCCUGCUUAAGCCAGUAGAUGUCCAGGCCCGUCUGAAGUUUGCUAGAGUGCAUUUGGAUGAUCCAGAAGAGGAUUGGGAGAAUGUCAUAUGGUCAGAUGAAACCAAAAUAGAACUUUUUGGUAAAAACUCAACUCGUCGUGUUUGGAGGACAAAGAAUGCUGAGUUGCAUCCAAAGAACACCAUACCUACUGUGACGCAUGGGGGUGGAAACAUCAUGCUUUGGGGCUGUUUUUCUGCAAAGGGACCAGGACGACUGAUCCGUGUAAAGGAAAGAAUGAAUGGGGCCAUGUAUCGUGAGAUUUUGAGUGAAAACCUCCUUCCAUCAGCAAGGGCAUUGAAGAUGAAACGUGGCUGGGUCUUUCAGCAUGACAACGAUCCCAAACACACCGCCCGGGCAACGAAGGAGUGGCUUCGUAAGAAGCAUUUCAAGGUCCUGGAGUGGCCUAGCCAGUCUCCAGAUCUCAACCCCAUAGAAAAUCUUUGGAGGGAGUUGAAAGUCCGUGUUGCCCAGCGACAGCCCCAAAACAUCACUGCUCUAGAGGAACUCUGCAUGGAGGAAUGGGCCAAAAUACCAGCAACAGUGUGUGAAAACCUUGUGAAGACUUACAGAAAACGUUUGACCUGUGUCAUUGCCAACAAAGGGUAUAUAACAAAGUAUUGAGAAACUUUUGUUAUUGACCAAAUACUUACUUUCCACCAUAAUUUGCAAAUAAAUUCAUAAAAAAUCCUACAAUGUGAUUUUCUGGAUUUUUUCCCCUCAUUUUGUCUGUCAUAGUUGACGUGUACCUAUGAUGGAAAUUACAGGCCUCUCUCAUCUUUUUAAGUGGGAGAACUUGCACAAUUGGUGGCUGACUAAAUACUUUUUUGCCCCACUGUAUGUAGGCUAGGCCUAUUUUAAUGAAAAUACUUUGUCUAAAAUGUUAUUAUCUAUGUGACAUUGCUACAUACAAGGAUAUACCAUGACAUUAGACAUUUUAAUAAAACAACAGUUUUAUGAGUUUUUAUGAGUGCGCUCCAUUAAAAAAAGACGUACCGGUAGCCUACACACUUUUCACGAGUGUAACUUGUUAUUGUCGGUCAGUCAAAGCAGCACUACCAUCAAAGGCUCCAAGUGAAGUGGGAGAUUUCUAAUCAAUGCAAAAUGGAAUUACAAUUACGAAAUUAAGUUGGCUAAAUGUAAGUAAGUAGGCUACAAUUGUUUAAUAUGAAUUGAAUUGUUGUAGACAAGGAGGUGGGGAGCACAGCAGCCUCAAUUAGCCUUUCAAGCUAGCUAGCUAGCUGGCUAACUAACGUAGCUGGGUCAUUCCUACUAAGCGGUACAUUUUGGAUCUCAUAACUUUUGGGCAAAAUGUAUACUGAACAAAAAUAUAAACGCAACAUGUAAAUUGUUGGUCCCAUGUUUCAUUAGCUGAAAUAAAAGAUUCCAGAAAUCUUCCAUACGCACAAAAAGCGUAUUUACAUUUACAUCAUUUAGCGACUUACAAAUUGGUGCAUUGAACUUAUGAUAGCCAGUGGGACAACCACUUUUUUUUAUGGGGGGGGGGGGGGGGGGGUGUAGAAGGAUUACUUUAUACUAUUCCAGGUAUUCCUUAAAGAGGUAGGGUUUCAAGUGUCUCUGGAAGGUGGUCAGUGACUCCGCUGUCCUGGCGUCGUGGCGGAGCUUGUUCCACCAUUGGGGUGCCAGAGCAGCAAAUAGCUUUGACUGGGCUGAGCGGGAACUGUGCUUCCGUACAGGUAGGGGAGCUAGCAGGCCAGAGGUGGAUGAACGUAGUGCUCUCGUUUGGGUGUAGGGUCUGAUCAGAGCCUGAAGGUAAGGAGGUGCCGUUCCCCUGACAGCUCCGUAGGCAAGCACCAUGGUCUUGUAGUAGAUGCGAGCCUCAACUGGAAGCCAGUGGAGUGUGCGGAGGAGCGGGGUGACAUGAGAGAACUUGGGAAGGUCGAAUACCAGACGGUCUGCAGCGUUCUGGAUAAGUUGUAGGGGUUUAAUGGCACAGGCAGGGAGCCCAGCCAACACCAGUGGUGAGAGCACGUGGUGCGGAGACAGAUUCUCGCCACGCCACCUGGUAGGAGCGACCUGUCCGGUAGGACGCAAUCCAAGAGUGAGCAGCGCCGGAGAUGCCCAACUCGGAGAGGGUGGAGAGGAGGAUCUGAUGGUUCACAGUAUCAAAGGCAGCAGAUAGGUCUAGAAGGAUAAGAGCAGAGGGGAGAGAGUUAGCUUUAGCAGUGCGGAGAGCCUCCGUUACACAGAGAAGAGCAGUCUCAUUUGAAUGACCAGUCUUGAAACCUGACUGGUUUGGAUCAAGAAGGUCAUUCUGAGAGAGAUAGCAGGAGAGUUGGCUAGAGACGGCACGCUCAAGAGUUUUGGAGAGAAAAGAAAGAAGGGAUACUGGUCUGUAGUUGUUGACAUCGGAGGGAUCGAGUGUAGGUUUUUUGAGGAGGGGUGCAACUCUCGCUCUCUUGAAGACGGAAGGGACAUGGCCAGCGGUCAAGGAUGAGUUGAUGAGCGUGGUGAGGUAAGGGAGAAGGUCUCUGGAAACGGUCUGGAGAAGAGAGGAGGGGAUAGGGUCAAACGGGCAGGUUGUUGGGCGGCCGGCCGUCACAAGUCGCAAGAUUUCAUCUGGAGAGAGAGGGGAGAAAGAAGUCAAAGCAUAGGGUAGGGCAGUGUGAGCAAGACCAGCGGUGUCAUUUGACUUAAUAAAUGAGGAUUGGAUGUCAUCAACCUUCUUUUCAAAAUGGUUGACGAAGUCAUCCACAGAGAGGGAGGGGGAGGAGGAGGAGGAGGAUUCAGCAGGGAGGAGAAGGUGGCAAAGAGCUUCCUAGGGUUAGAGGCAGAGGCUUGAAAUUUAGAGUGGUAGAAAGUGGCUUUAGCAGCGGAAACAGAGGAAGAGAAUGUAGAGAGCAGGGAGUGAAAAGAUGACAGGUCCGCAGGGAGUCUAGUUUUCCUCCAUUUCCGCUCGGCUGCCCGGAGCCCUCUUCUGUGAGCUCGCAAUGAGUCGUCAAGCCACGGUGCAGGAGGGGAGGACCGAGCCGGCCGGGAGGAUAGGGGACAUAGAGAGUCAAAAGAUGCAGAAAGGGAGGAGAGGAGGGUUGAGGAGGCAGAAUCAGGAGAUCGGAGGGAGAAGGAUUUAGCAGAGGGAAGAGAUGAAAGGAUGGAAGAGGAGAGAGUAGCGGGAGAGAGAGAGGCGAAGGUUGCGACGGCACAUUACCAUCUGAGUAGGGGCAGAGUGAGUAGUGUUGGAGGAGAGCGAGAGAGAAAAGGAUACGAAGUAGUGGUCGGAGACUUGGAGGGGAGUUGCAGUGAGAUUAGUAGAAGAACAGCAUCUAGUAAAGAUGAGGUCAAGCGUAUUGCCUGCCUUGUGAGUAGGGGGGGACGGUGAGAGGGUGAGGUCAAAAGAGGAAAGGAGUGGAAAGAAGGAAGCAGAGAGAAAUGAGUCAAAGGCAGACGUAGGGAGGUUAGUCACCCAGAACUGUGAGGGGUGAGCCAUCCUCAGGAAAGGAACUUUUCAAGGCGUCAAGCUCAUUGAUGAACUCUUCAAGGGAUCCUGGAGGGCGAUAAAUGAUAAGGAUGUUAAGCUUGAAUGGGCUAGUGACUGUGACAGCAUGGAAUUCAAAUGAGGAGAUGGACAGAUGGGUCAGGGGGAAAGAGAGAAUGUCCAAUUGGGAGAGAUGAGGAUUCCUGUGCCACCGCCGCGCUGACCAGAUGCUCUCCAGAACACAUGGUCAGACGAGGAAAGAGCAGUAGGAGUAGCAGUGUUUUCUGUGGUAAUCCAUGUUUCCGUCAGCGCCAAGAAGUCGAGGGACUGGAGGGUAGCAUAGGCUGAGAUUAACUCUGCCUUGUUGGCCGCAGAACGGCAGUUCCAGAGGCUGCCAGAGACCUGGAACUGCACUAAUUUGUUUACAUCCCUGUUAGUGAGCAUUUCUCCUUUGCCAAGAUAAUCCAUCUACCUGACAGGUGUGGCAUAUCAAAAAGAUGAUUAAACAGCACAAUCAUUACACAGGUGCACCUUGUGCUGGGGAAAAUAAAAGGCCACUCUAAAAUGUGCAGUUUAGUUUUGAGGGAGUGUGCAAUUGACAUACUGACUGCAGGAAUGUCCACCAGAGCUGUUGCCAGAGAGUUUAAUGUUCAGUUCUCCGCUAUAAGAUGCAUCCAAUGUCAUUUUAGAGAAUUUGGCAGUACGUCCAACCGGCCUCACAACCGCAGACCACAGGUAACCACGCCAGCCCAGGACCUCCACAUCCGGCUUCUUCACCUGCGGGAUCGUCUGAGACCAGCCACCCAGACAGCUGAUGAAACUAAGGAUUAUUUCUGUCUGUAAUAAAGCCCUUUUGUGGGGGAAAAACUAAUUCUGAUUGGCUGGACCUGGCUCCCAAGUGGGUGGGCCUAAUGCACCCCUGCCCAGUCAUGUCAAAUUAUAGAUUAGGGCCUAUUGAAUUAAUUUAAAUUGACUUAAAUUGAUUUCCUUAUAUGAACUGUAACUCAGUAAAAUAGUUGAGGCUGGUGCCUUGCUGAACUCGGCUUGGAAAACCGAACGAGUGUGCUUGAGAGAGAGAGAGGAAAAGUACUGUUUGUCCAUUUUGAGAGACCGUAGUCAGAAUUAAUCGAAGAUAACUCAAGAAAUCUGUCAUUAAUUUUGACGUUUUUGCAGAGAAGUUCAUAGUCGUGCAAUUUUAAAUUUAACGAAGAUGUUUGAUGCAGUAUUUAUUUCUCAAUUUAAAAAAUUGCAUGAAAACGAGCUGUCUCUCAUUGAAUGACAACAAAGGCUUUAUUGAAGAAUCGCUACUGCUGACCAAUCACAGACGAAGGGGCGUAGACUUUGGCUACCGACUUCGGCUUGCCAAAGAAAAAGUGUGCCCGAACAGCCACAUUUCUUUUUACCGAACUCCAAAACGAACAGAAACUUCACAUAAUGCCGUCAUAAAGAUGCACAAACUCUUACGAACUGUUUCGGCUGGGAAGCAUGCGAAUGUCUUUAGAAAUUUGGAGACAUGAUAACAUAAAGGAAUGAAAUCCUUAAGUAUUUGCCUACCUAAGCAAUCUCCACUUAUUGGGAAUUGUCAGAUUUAGUAUUGUGUGUUAGGAAAGGAGGCAGUGUGUUGUUGAGUGAUUCAUUGGCUGACUGUGACUCCCCUCCCCUUCCAUGCAGUCUGUUUGGGCUCACUGAGGAAGAGUACAUCCCUGAUGCUGAGAGUGUGUAUCUGCACAGAGAGCAUCACCAUCAGCCCCAGGCCUGCACCCUCGCUCAGUGCCUCCAGCUCUACACCAAAGAGGAGCAGGUAACACUGGAGUACACACACACACACACACACACACACACACACACACACACACACACUGUGUUGGUAUCACAAGGCCACACACAAUGGCCGUCGAUGCAUUUGUAUGCUGUCGUAUGUAUUUAAACAAGAAAAGAGACUUGAAAAAAGGAACAUUCUCUUCUUACCAGAGGGUUUGUUUAUUAUUCAACAGCUGAAUAUCCAAUAGCCUUUCAUUUGGUUCAAAUGCUGAGGUUGCUGGAUAUUCUGCCCCUAAUGCUAUGUUUGAAGUACAGCAUUUUUAUAACGGCUUCUCUCUGUCUGGAAGGACGCCAGAUAGACUCUGAAUAUACACUGUGGUUAGCCGAGGCUGGAGGUGGUCAGUUUAAGAACAGGCUCUGGUCACAAAAAAUGAGGUUGCUGUGAAAACAUGGAGUAGAGCAGUCAGGAACUCCCUCUAUGAGUAAGACUGAUUUAAAAGCACUGCGGUGGGGAGCUUUUCCUUGAUGGCUGCGUGUGUGUGCCGUCUCUGUUCCAGCUGGCCCCGGAUGAUGCCUGGCGCUGCCCCCACUGCAAGCAGCUGCAGCAGGGCCGCAUCAAGCUCAGCCUGUGGACCCUGCCUGACGUCCUCAUACUGCACCUCAAGAGGUUCAGACAGGUACUGCAGCACCUACAUAGCAUUCAGCACCCCCUUCAAUUCCCACACUGAGAAUUGUGUCCAAACAUUCCUGUUAUGUUUUAGUAAUGGUAGUUUCUCAUGCUUUUGGUGGCCCGACUGGUUCUUAUUCUUGGUUUGCCUUCAGUCACUGUCACUCAGUCUUACCCAGUGACCUAUCUCCUGCCUGUCUAAGAGGCAGGUGUAGCGACAGUUCAGUUGACUGGGUACUGAUGUGUUUGCUGCUGUGUCCUGAAGGAGGCUGACAGGAGGGUGAAGAUGCAGAACAUGGUGCGGUUCCCUCUGCUAGGCAUGGACAUGGCUCCUCACAUGGUGAAGAGGUCCCAGAGCAGCUGGAGCCUGCCCUCCCACUGGUCACCAUGGAGACGACCGUACGGCCUGGGGCGUAACCCUGACGACUACCUGUACGACCUGUACGCCGUCUGCAAUCACCACGGAAACAUGCAUGGAGGCCACUACACAGGUAAGACUGGUGGUUUAGCAGUAGGGUGGUAGUAGUCACUGACUGUGGAGGUAGAUGGAUAGGAAAAUAACACUACAGUCUGACAGUUUCUUCACCAUCACCCUAAAUAUCUUGUUCUUCUAACCCCCAGCUUACUGUAAGAACUCUGUUGACGGCCAGUGGUACUGCUUUGAUGACAGUGAGGUCCAGCCCAUCGCUGACGAUGAUUUGUGUCAGCAGACGGCCUACAUCUUGUUCUACCAGAGGAGGAACACCAUCCCCUCCUGGUCCGCCAACAGCUCCGUAGCAGGUCAGUGGUUGCUUCUUGGAGUGUGGGAUUUUCCUGACACUAGUGUUUAGUUAAGAUGGUGUAUUACGUUGUUCGAUAGGAGAAAUGUCAUUAAGUGACAUUGAAACUGUCUGUCCAGUCUUAGUUGGACUGUAGCAUCAACAACUUGGAGUGAGUUUGGUUAUCUGUGAGAGACCUGAGGGUGUUGAUUGUUGUGUCUAUCUGUGCCAGGCUCCACCAGCUCAUCUCUGUGUGACCACUGGGUGAAUCGUCUCCAAGGCAGCAGGCCGGCCAGCCUGGCUUCCGGGGCCUCCUCCAGACGCACCUCUCUGGCUUCCCUGGGCGAGUCGGUGGAGUUCACCACAGGGGACCACUGCGAAGAUGACGGUGAGAUACAAUGGGAUUCUCUGUCUUAUUUCUCCUUCUUCAGCUCUUUUCCCCUCCUCUAGCUAGUUAUUUCUGACCUUACACAAUCUGUUACCAUGCCCACUUGAGAAAAAGGGGCAUUAAAUUAUCCUUUCAUUGAGUCUAGUGCAUUAGUGUAAAUUCAUUUAUUUUAAUCUAUUUAGGUGGUUUUUCGACCCGUCCCUUUGUUCGGAGCAUCCAGCGUCAGAGCUCGUCUUCCAGGUCAUCCAUUGCCAGUCCUCUAGCCUUCAGUGAGAACGGCAUGAAGCCCUCCUGGUCCCUCUCUGCCAAGCUCCAGAUGAGGUCCAACUCCCCCUCACGCUUCUCCCUGGACUCACGCUCCUCUCCCCCCUUGGAGAGGAUAGGAGAGAGGGGAGAGGCGUGUGAUGACAAGGUAUCCACGUCUUGCUUCGGUAGCUACAGCAGGCACGAGUGCUACCCUGGCGGCAGGGCCCCCUUGGCCAUGAUGGAGGGGAACAGCACCGAUCAGGACCAUGACAGGAGGAUCCUAGACGAGGUCUACUGCAGGGCCCCCACGCCAGCCGAUAAGAAGAGCUCCAAGAGUGACCCGACUGACAACAACAACCAGAUAACAGCCCUGGACCAAAAUGCACAAGCCACCCCGUCGAAGGAGCAGAAACGCAAGAGCAGCACCGCCGGAUCUGCCCCGAAGUUAGAGAGCGUCGGGUCCAAAAAGAGUUCCAUCAAGUCUGAGCCAGAGAAAAGCUCCAAGAAGCGCCAGUGUUCGUCCUCCAACCCCAAAUCCUCUACAUCCCAAAUGUCUUCCAGCCCUGUGGUGAAGGGCCCCAAGGUGACCAACUCUAAAGACAAGACCACCAGCAGCGGCAGCGCUACGCCCACCAGGACCCCAUCCAAAAAGAAAGAGUCUUUGUCUUCCAAGGGUCCCGACUCGGCAGCUGGAACCCCUCAGCGCAAGCAGCGCAUCUCCACGCCGCAGUCCUCCGCCUCCCCCUCCCCCACCGUAAAGAAGAGUUCCUCUGGCCUUGAGAAGACCUCCUCUGGUCGGAAGAAGCUGCUGGAGAGGAGCUGCAGUCGGGACUCGGGGUUGGUAAGCCCUCUGGUUGAUAGACCACGCUGGGGCAGCAACGCUGCAGCCCGGACCCCCAGCAAGACCGCUGCGGAGGGGGUCCGUCCAGAGAGGAGGUUUUUGCGGAGUUCCAUCAGCAGCUCCUCUGUCACCAGCCUGCGCUCCCCCAGCGUCUCCUCCAGGGAUCCUAGGCGCAGCAGCAAGUCAGAGGACAAGGGUCUGUCGUUCUUCAAGAACGCCCUGCGCCAGAGAGAGUCUCGCCGGUCGGCCGAUCUGGGUAAGACCAGCAUCCUGGCCAAGAAGGCCUCUGAGAGGACAGCCAGGCUGAGCGGUCAGGAGUGGGAUGGGUCAGCCAAUGCCUCACUGCAGGCCUCCCCAGAGCAUCAUGUGAACGAGGUUGUCACUGAGGUAAAGGAGUCCUCCAAGCCCUCCACCCCAGUCAGACGCUCUCUGUUACCUGUUAUAGGCAAAUCCAAGUCUUCCACUUCUGAAUCCAGUCUUAAUUCUCCCCCCAAUGGGAAAAAGCCUCUUGAGAAGCAGGCAUCCUCCAGAAAGCUUUCUACCAGCAUGCAAUCUUCUGCACGCCCAACACAGAAGCCUCAAUGA